UGCCGCAGCAGGGCCGGUUACGUUCCAGCCAUAGGCCCAACGCUCCGAAAGUAGCAGUUUCCAGCACAUUCCAGAAUAGACAAGCACGCAAAGUGAAACAACGAAAAGCAAACACCACAUCCAAAGCAUCCACCCCCUGAGUUUGACAGCUUCCUAAUCGCAGUUCGUCCUCGCCCAAUUCGAGCAGCCAUGUCGCUGAUUCCCCGCGGCAACGCCUUCGACCCCUUCUCCCUCGACCUCUGGAACCCCUUCGACGGCUUCCCCUUCGGCUCCGGCAGCAGCGGCGGCGGCGGCAGCCUCUUCCCCUCGUUCCCGCGCAUCAGCUCCGAGACCGCGGCCUUCGCCGGCGCGCGGAUCGACUGGAAGGAGACGCCCGAGGCGCACGUGUUCAAGGCGGACGUGCCGGGGCUGAAGAAGGAGGAAGUGGAGGACGGCAACGUGCUCCAGAUCAGCGGCGAGCGCAACAAAGAGAAGGAGGAGAAGACCGACACGUGGCACAGGGUGGAGCGCAGCAGCGGCAAGUUCCUGCGCAGGUUCAGGCUCCCGGAGGACGCCAAGGUGGAGCAGAUCAAGGCGGCCAUGGAGAACGGCGUGCUCACCGUCACCGUGGCCAAGGAGGAGGCCAAGAAGCCCGAGGUCAAGUCCAUCCUGAUCUCCGGAUAGACCCCUUCUCCCUCGACUUCAACUCGCUCUUGUUAGUGCCUUUUGCUCAAAGCCUGUAAUAAGUGUGGAUUUGGGUUGGGUCCGUGUUGAGUGUCGAGUGUGCUCUUGUCACUGCUGUCUGUGUUCAACGUCCGUACUGCUGCUCAUGUAAUGCAAGCAUCGAGUCGGUACUGCUGUGAUCGAGUCGGUACUGCUGUGAUCAACUUGUGUACCUGUUUCAAUGAGCGACUCGUAGUUCUCUCCUAGCUGCUUUUGGCAUUUCGAUUCUA